AUGUUUGGAUUAUCGUUUAUAGUUAAUUAUAAUAAACAAAAAUGUUUACAUUUGAUGAUGAUUGGUGUUAUUGUCACUUUCAAAAAUAUGUGGAUGGUCAAUGGUGAAAAAUCAUUCAUAUUGCGUGGUAUUGAAGAUAGAACCGAAUGGGAUAUGGUACGAUAUCCGUAUAAAUCGGUUUAUGGUCUACCGAAAUCAUUACAAUGUAGUGAUACAAUUCAACAUCAAUUCAAUGAAUGUGAAAAAUCAUCACAUCGAAAAUGGAAAGUUACGAUUGACGAAUAUUUUUAUGAAACGAAACAAUUUUGCUGCUUCGUUUGGCAUGCGAUGGCUUGUGAAAUAGAAAAAGCGGCAAAAUGUAACCAGAAUUAUUCGCAACAGAUCGAAACAAACACACGACAAUUGUUUACAUCAGUAUGCGAUAAAAUCAGUUCAUCGCAACGAAGUUGGAACUGUUUUUGGACAGAAGACAUGAUAAUCAUUGCCGGUGUGGUCGCCACAGUUAUUACUAUUCUUCUGAUUGCUGUCGGUGCAUACUUUGGAUGUCGACAAUAUCGUGCCAAAGCCAAGCUUAAAAUUGCUGAACAAAUGAAUAUCCCAUUGAAAACUACAAAAGGAAAAUUAACAACUGCUGAUAUUGGUCCACCAACAGAUUUAAGAAAAUUUCAAUCUAUGGAAAUUCCAACAACAACCGCCGAUUCUAUUGAUAAACCUAUUCAAAAUGUUAAAAAACAAGGAACUGUUGCAAAAUGGUUUUCAAAUAUCUUUUCAACAUCGAAAAAACCAAAAUUAACAACUGCUGAUAUUGGUCCACCAACAGAUUUAAGAAGAAUUCCAGCAACAGCAAUUGACGAUUCUAUUGAUAAACCAGUUGAAUUAAGUGAAUGGAAUCCACAAACACCUGAAAAAAUAACUGUUCAACAUGUUCAAGGUAAUGUUGAUAGCAAGACGAUGUUAAGAUUGGCAGAAGAUGAAGAAUUUAUUUCAAGAAUACAUUAUGAGUUAAUAGAACGACCACAACAAGAACUCCAACAACAACAACGACUACAGCAACUACAACAACAACCAUCCAUAUCACGAAGAACGACCAGAAGAAUAGAUCCGCGAUCAUUCCAUUAUCAACCCCCGCCACCAAGAUCAAAAUUUGCACCACAUCCAUUACCGACAUCAAGACCAGUAUAUCCGAGAGAACAAUUAUUAUCACAAUCAUCAUCAAGAGCAUCGACAUCAACAGGACCACGACCACAACAACAACAACAACAACUGCAACAGCAACCACAACCACAACCACAACCACAACAACAACAAAUCCAAAAACCACAACAACAACAACUACAACAACAACCAUCCAUAUCACGAAGAACGAGCAGAAGAAUAGAUCCGCGAUCAUUCCAUUAUCAACCCCCGCCACCUAGAACAAAUUUGUCACCACACCCAUUACCGACAUCAAGACCAGUAUACCCGCGAGAACAACUAUUAUCACAAUCAUCAUCAUCAUCAAAAGCAUUGUCCAGAAAAACACGACAAAUAUCAUCAUUGCCAUCAAUAAAAAAAACUUCACCAUCAUCACCAUCAUUACCAAAAUCGGCAUCCAAAAAACAAUUGCCACAACUCUCAUCGGAAUAUUUACCAUCAAGUACAUCAGCAUCACGAUCACCACAAAUAAGCCCGUCAUCUAUUAGAACAGCAUUAGGUAGUAAUCCGGAAAAUGAUAAAAUUACAUUGGAAUUAAUACAAACAAUCAAUGCAUUCAAUCAAUCAACUCAACAGUUUAAUCCAAAAUAAUUUUGAACACACUAG